UUGCGGUGGGCGGGGUAACUCCCUCGGCCUCCGACCUCACGCGCUGUAGAGCUUUCGGGUCACCGGGAAAGAACUGAUGCUGCAAGCCUUUGAGAACUUAUGGGCUCCCUGUGCACGCGCUUAGGGGAGCGGGUGACAUGCGCAUGUCCAAGCUCUGGGCCGUGAAGUUGCAUUCGAGCUUCCCAGGAGACAGGACGCGCAUGCCCACACUGACGGGCCCUGCGGGCCCAGGAUCCAGUCGCGCAUGCUCAGAAUCCAGGCCGCGCAGCGUGCUGCCAUGUGCGCAUGCCCAGGCACGGGAGCGCCCAGGCUCGUCUGCGCACGCCCUGCCUGUGGAGCUAGUGCCCGAGGCGGUUGUAGGGCGGUGGUAGCAGUGUCCAGCGAGAUGCUGGUGUUGAUGCUGGUGGUGGCGGCGACCGCGCGGCUCUGGGCGCCGGUCGGAGCUAGUCAGCUGUGCCGGAUUCGCACGGUGAGGACAGGAAAAGUGUUUAACGUCAUUCAGCAAGUCCAAGGGGAUGUGCUGUAUUUUCAGUCUGGGACCAGGUUGAUUAAACAUGCUUGUGAUAAAAACAUAGCACUGUAUCUAGGAAAACACGUUUUUCUCACGAGAGACAACUUUGAGAGUAGUCUCCUUCCACUCGCCAUCCCUACAUCCAUGACGGUGGGCGUGCCAGAAGUGACAUCAGCACAUUUUGCCAACGCGUUCCUGCUGUUGGUAGUGAAUGGGAAAGUCUAUACUUAUGCCUACAAGGAGGAUGUCUGGCAGAUAGCGACAGGUAUCCAGCAUCCCGUUUCACACAUCUCUGGUGACAAUUGUUGUUUUGUUGGAAACACCUUUUGCACGGAGAUAAAUAAUUCCAUUUUUGCAUAUUCGCGUGGAGAACAGGUAUCACAGACUACUAUUUAUUCCUCCGAAAAUGGAGGAAUAAGUUUCACCAAUUUUACCUUCAAAAACCAGGCGGGACUGGCCGGGUCUCUAGGGGGAGUCUUCUACUUCCAUUCCUUGUCACAGAUCGGGCUGCUGCUCGUGAACAGUGGGAAGGGAGUGUUCGUGUACUCGGAGCAGCCUCUCGACCGGAACCUGGGGCUGGCUUUCAACUACGACACGACCCUGGACGUCUUCCUCUGCCCCGGCCUGAGAGGCUUUCUGGUCCUCUGGUCUGAGAAGACCCUCUUGGUUUCCCCCAACUCAGGUCAGCUCUUCCAAACUGUCCAGGUGCACAAGGGAUCCCAGGUUCUGUCCACUUCCAUCUCCAAACUCAACAUCUCCAUCCACAGCAUCACUGCCAGUGCGUGCCUGCCCUACCGGUACCUUCUAGAAAGCUCCAUGCCCGGCCAUUACUCCGAUGAGCACACGCUGGCCGUGCUGACCAAGGAGGAUGCUCUGUACUUCGGGAGUCUGGAAUUCCUGUCCAACUCUAUCAUCCAGCUGGCCGAGGGGUCCGUCUGGUUCCCAGAGGCAGUGCUGAUGUUCUCCGGGGUGGGGAUGCUGGACAUCCUGACGCCGCUUCCCGACGCCGCCUUCCCCACCUUCGACAUGCAGAAGUGCCCGAUCAACAUCCAGGCCAUCCUCAUGGGCCCCGGCCUCCAGGUGAAACAGUGCAAGAUAGAACUUCUGGAAAGCAGAUUAGAAUCUGAGAUGUACACCAUUGACAUGAACAGCAAACUGAACUUGUCCUUCACAUUGAUACCCCGGCUGGGCAUGUCCCCCAUUCCACUGGUGAUGGUGAGUAACCCCUACUCCCUGGGGCUGCAGGCCUCCAUCUACGAGGAGGCUGACAACACCUUCGACGGCAACAUCGUGUACAAACUGGACAUUGACCUCAAGCAGCAGCACCACUGGGGCAGGGCCUCCCCCAACUUCACCUCCAGCAUAAAGCGCCCCACGAUCUCUACUUUGACUGUGGACAUAGCCAACAGGGAGAUUUCGUGUGUGGACAUGAAGCCACUGUCGAUGCUCAUUUCGGUGGGUUGUGAUCUGGAAAAGAAGAUCGUUGUGCAGAACAAAAUCUCAGCCUGCUCCAAGGGCAUCCUGGACCCCGUGGAGCUCCAGAAAAACUACUCCUACGUCAUCGAGAAGGAAUCCUACGACUCCAGCUACCAGGGGCAGCGGUCCGACGAGGACCUGGUGGUGCAGUACUCGUACAAGGACCUGGGCUGCCCGCGUCUCGUCUACUACGACACCCCCUGGAAGCCCGUGAUCGAGCUGUGGCGGAAGUCGGACUUCCAGGAGAUCGUGAGCGCGGAGUACGUGCUGCUGGAAGUGAACGGGGUGUUCACCUACUCCUACGCCAUGACAGCUGGCUCCGCCUCGUGCAUCAACCAGCCCCAGAACUGGACCAGCAUCCUGGAGACGUCCUCCAAGAAGGGACCCUUCUCCUGGAACAGAGAGAACUACAUAAGCUGCCGCGACAGCAGCAGCAACCUCACUGCCUUGGAGUGGCCCGAUGCUCAGUACCAGGUCCUGGGGGGCCUAACAGACAACGAGAUCAUCUUCGACCAAAGGAACGGGUUCUACGUCUUCCACCUGUCCAUCGUGGACCCCUACUACAGCUACUGCCAGCUGGAGACCACCUUCAGCAUCUACGUGUACGGGGCCUACCCGCGCAGAGCCAUCCCGCCCGAGGCCGCCAUCGUCCUGCUCGUGAGCGGCCUCCUGCUGGCCGUAUGGCUGGCCUACCUCGUCCUGCACACCGCGGAGGGCCACAGGUGCCAACAGUGCUGUGCCAGCCUGUGCUGCUGCGGCUGUGCCAGGGCCAGGCACUGAAGCCCCGGCCUCGCCAGGGCU